AUGCAGAGCUCAGUAUAUGACGCAGAGCAAGAAGUUUGGCUUCCGAGAAACAUAAAAUGCCUGGAUGCAGAAGUAGCCUUGCCAAAUGUCAGUGAUUUGAAAGUUAAUCAUUUUAUAAAAAGUCUUGAUAUUGGUCAUGUCUGCCAAAUAUCAAACUAUCCUGGAGUAUCACAGACAGUCACAGGAUUGGUUUUUAUGAUUCUGGACUUGCAUUUGCGAUUGCCUCGUUUACACAAACAAUUAAUUUGGUUUAAAGGCAACAAGUACCACUUUAUUUUUCAGUUUUCUGACGACAGGGCUCCAGAGACUAGUAAACUGACAAUGUCCAUUGGCACAUUGACAUGCUGGAACUUAGCAUCAAGGGUAAGGAGUAGGGAAUUCCAUUACUUACUCCAUUUUCUGAGUGUCUCAGGGAAGCAGUCAGUAAUGGAAGACAUCAGGAAGCAGCACAACGACGAGAUAAGGGUAUUGGAGGGGAAUAUUCUGACUGUUCGUGGUCAGCAGUGUACACUUGAAUUUCAACCAAGCGAAGAUCAGUCAUGGCAAAGCUGGGCUAAAAAUGAGCUGAACCAAGCAGCAACGUAUCCCUCACCUUAUGCUAAUGUUCAUCAAGGACAGUUGUCUAAGAUGGGCAGAACUAUAGGGAAUGAUAGUAACUGUACAUGGCAAGUGCCCACGCAAGAAAGACGCCAAGAAGACUUGGGUAAACUUCAAGCCUUCCAAAAGACCUUUCCAAAACAUCUUAACCCAACCCAGGGCCACAAAAAAAAAACAUUAGGAUUCAUGGCUAACAAUGGCUUUCGCCAGCUUAAGGAACCUAGAAUAGGGGAAUUUGCCAUCUUACAAAGGCCAGAGCCUGUACAUAAUGAAAUAAAUGCCUGGCAACACAUCCCUAACAUGAUUUAUAAGGAAGCACUCAGAGAAACAAUGUGGAUUUAUUUUUUAGAAGUAUUAAGUUCUCCAGUUGACACAACAUAA